CUCAUUCAUUCAUUCAUUCUCUCUCUCUCUCUCUCUCUUUCUCCAAGCACUUCAUCUUUGGGAUAGGAAGCUCCUUUGAUCUUGCAUUCAUGGCGCAGGAUAAAGUUCAGCAGCUGCCCAAAUUUGGAGAGUGGGAUGUAAACAAUCCUGCCUCAGCAGAAGGAUUCACUGUCAUAUUUAACAAUGCUAGAGAUGAGAAGAAGACCAGUGCUGGCACUGAGAACCUUGUGACCCCACGAAGAAGUAAUCCUGUGUAUAAGAAUGACAGCUAUCCUCAGUACCCUCAAAAGAAGAAGUGGUUUUGCUGUGGUUGAAUCCUGGCUACUUUCAGACUCUUGAAUCUGUGUGUUUUGUCAACAUUAGUAUAGGCGCAAGGAGACCUUCACUAUCCCACUUGCUAUGUGCUUGGAAGUCUAGUGAUGCAGGGAUUAGUUUAUGAUCAGUUAUUAAAUUAUUUAUAUAUUAUCAUUUCUCUUUUGUCUUGACUUAGUUCUUUUGAUUUUUAUUAUGUUUUAUAUAUCUCAACCAAAGACUGAAAAGAAGGAAAGUGUGGGAUAUGAA